GAAAAGUAAGAAAAUGAAGCAUAAUGCCGUUUCGAAAAAAAAAGGUGGCGUUAUUUGCUUGUUAUCCAAAAUGUUUCCCAUCCAUUCCACAAUAAACGCAAGCCACUUAAUUGUUUCUUGUUACUUAGCAAACUCCAUAACCCUUUGAACCCUUUCCAAUAAAUUUGUUGAUAUGCAUACUCGAAAAAAAAGUGUUUGCCAAUUUGCUACGUUAACCGUCACAAAUUGAACAAACAAGAAAGAUCAAAACUAAGCCCAUAUGGAAGCAAUAACUACCAAGUCUCUUUCUUCCUCACCUAAGUUUCCUUCAGCAAGUUGCAUUGAUUCUCUAUCUCCAGCUUACUAUCCUAAUAGAGCUAAUGUUUCUUUCCAACAUCCUAGCAAUGUUUUGGGAUUCAAUUGUUUGUCUACAAAGCUACAAUGUUGUUCUAGGAAGCUGAGAAUCUUGGGACCAAUUCAUGCUUCUGGUGUUGAUACUAGCUCAACCAGUGUUGCAGAAAAAUGGGUUCUUGAACCUAUAGGUGAUGGUGAUUCAAGGCACAUUGGUGUUAAGACUGCUCGGGCGGAUGCCUUUGAAAUAUCCUCUAGUGAUAUUACGGUUGGAAGAGUAGCUGACAGGGCAGACAUAGUGAUUCCUGUCCCAACAGUUUCCGGGGUGCAUGCUCGAAUUCAGAAGACAGAACAGAAUCUUUUGAUUACUGAUUUGGACAGCACAAAUGGUACAUUCAUUGGCGACAAGCGCUUGCAACCUGGUGUCGCUGCUGUAGCAUGGCCUGGAAGUAUAGUGACAUUUGGUAGGCUAUCUGAAAACUCUGUGUGUGUUCAAUUUCUUAUUCCGACAUAAGUUAUUUUAAAAGAGUCCAGAAAAGCCUGAAAAGUCCUGAUGGUUAGUACGUUCAGAUGUCUUGCGUAUACGAACAAGUAAUCUCAUUUGGUACUAUUCAGCUCUCUUGCAUAUAUGAACAAGCCAUCUCAAUCGGUUCCAUGUUAUCGGCACAGUUGUCGAGGAAGUAGUGUGAAACCUGAAUUUAUGAUGAAAUUCUGGAACCUUGUGAUGAAAAUAUCAUAUGGCAAUCCUUGCUUAUACCUUGCUAAUAUGUAUUAGACAAAGAGGAUUAUACAAGGCAGCCAAGUUGGCUAAUUCAAGCAUUGUUAAACAAUCCUUGCACUUGCAAGAGUUUGUAUGCAAUAGGAUAAAGUUUUUGGUGAAUGUUGGGGCAAAAAGUUAUUGCUGUGUUCUGUUAAGUAGCAUAAGAGUAACGAUUGAAAUCUCCAGAAAACAUCCAAGGUGGGUUACAUAAGUUCUACAGAAAUUAUCGUGAGUUGUGUUCUUUAGAAAUUUUUUUUGAAGGGGAAUGUUUUCUUCAUGAACUCUUGACCUGUGAAAGAUUAUUACUAAAUUUGUUUGCAGUAAUUUGGUGGUCAGGAAAAAAUGUACACCAAAAAUUAUCUCAUGAUUUAGAUUCAGAUAGUGAUUAUGGUGAAAAUUUUGCAUGUAUCAGGUUUGAUGAAGAGAAAUGUAUCUCCAACAAAAAAGUGCUAGCACCAUCCAUUUUCUACUUAAUUUAGUAUACCUUCUCUGGUUCUGCUAAUUGCAAAAUAUCGCAAAUGCAUCAUACCAUAUAUGUACUGUCUAGUUUGUUUUAAACUACCAUUCUUAACCAUUUCACUUUGGAGUAUUUGCAUGCUAUUUACUUCUCAAAAUAAUUGGCAUGAUACUCAAUUAUAUCGGUUGACAUUUUUAUGAUAUAGUAAUUACCACUACAUUGGAAACCAAUGAGUGAAUGUGGAAUUAAUCACUAUUAGAAGUAGCAUAGUUAUGGUGAAACUAUGUUACAGAAGAAGAAGCCCCAGCAUUGCACCCGUUCAAUCGUGACAGAAGUUUCCUUAUGUGCUGUAUACAUGUCCUGAAUUGACCUAUUACUUGUCAGGGGACACUAACUUGGCGAUAUUCCGGGUUUCAAAGUUUGAAGUCGUAGAAGAACCUAGCAAUGAAUCAGAAGAUGUUAAACAAUGAAGAUUCAGAUGAAGGGGUUCGUCAUGAUGGAUUUGAAGACUGCAUUCUGGAGAUGGGUACAUAUUUAAAAUGCAACGUCCAGAUACGUUGGAACACUUGAUCUAAUGUGUUCUGUUAGCAUGUAUGAUAUCUUAUAAUUGUACAAACUAAUUCAUGAGAAAGCAGUUUUGACUUUUGAGUAGUCAAAUAAAUCUUCAGUACUCUAGAGAGCAAACAUGAUCUUUUCCUGCAAUUCUUCUAACUCGUCAAGGCGUGAUCAUGAAUGUCUGGUAUCACAUCCUCUUCGCCAUUUAGAGUUGCAGGUGCUAAAUUACUCAGAAGGACGUGAUCUUUGCACACAAAUUGUAACCUCUACUUAUAACAUUGAGUUCUCAGAAUCACUUAUCAGAUUCAUUGAACAGGGUAUGUCUUCGGUGAAUCACUCUAUCAAUGCCACACCCGGAGUUCAUACUAACAUGGGAUCAAAUGCUUAGAAACUUAGUUCGACCUAGCAUUUGCACAUAUUGGUCAUCUUCUUCCAAACAAUGAGAAUUCAACGACUAGAAACUCAAGAUUCAAUUUCACCAAGACUUUAAGCAAAUGCGGCACUAUUUGUCAUCCACUUCCCUUCACAACUAUAAAUUUUAACAAAUAAAAAACAUAAGAAACUAUCAGACAUGCAGCUAAUUGUUAACUAUCCGGACAAAUCGAAUACUGGUUUCAUUGGAAAAUACAUCUGUAAUUAAUU